CAAAGAAGUGAAGAACAGUCAUUGCUCUGUUUUAGUUGGAAGAACACAAAGAAAACGUGCAAGCAGACGAGCGAGCAGCGGACAGAGAGAUGGUUAACUCUAUCGUGAAUACGUACCCUCUGUCGAGCUACACCUUCGGAACGAAGGAGCCGAAGAUGGAGAAAGACACUUCAGUCGCGGAUCGUCUCGCUCGAAUGAAAGUCAACUAUAUGAAGGAAGGUAUGCGGACAAGUGUUGAAGCGAUCCUGCUGGUACAGGAGCAUAAUCAUCCUCACAUAUUGCUACUGCAAAUUGGGAACACCUUCUGCAAACUUCCUGGUGGUCGUUUGAAGCCUGGAGAGAAUGAAAUUGAGGGCUUGAAGAGAAAAUUGUCUAGCAAACUUGCUGCUAAUUCUCCUGCUCUCCAGCCAGAUUGGCAGAUUGGAGAGUGUGUAGCUAUAUGGUGGAGGCCAAACUUUGAAACUAUUAUGUAUCCAUAUUGUCCUCCUCAUAUCACAAAACCCAAGGAAUGUAAGAAGCUUUUCCUUGUUCACUUGUCUGAAAGGGAGUACUUUGCUGUGCCAAAAAACCUGAAACUGCUCGCAGUCCCAUUAUUUGAGCUAUAUGAUAAUGUUCAGAGAUAUGGGCCAGUUAUCUCUACCAUUCCACAGCAGCUGUCGAGAUUCCAGUUUAAUAUGAUCAAUGCUUGAAAUGCAGUAUACACAAGACAAUUGAAGAGAUUCUAAGGUAGGUUUUAUAAUUACCUAUUAUAGAGGGAUUCCAAGUGUCUACACAUCAAACCUAAGGCUAAUGCAUGUUAACCUUGUUAACUGCUUAGGCAGUGUAUAUUUAGUCAAUUUAUAAACUUGUUUUCCUUCUUGUAAACUAGUUGAUCUUGUUUGUCUAAUCGUCUUUAUACUCGUGUAAGGACUAAGGAAGUUUGUACGAUUACUUAAGUUUGAAAUUUGGAUAGGUUUUUUCUUUUUAAUCAA